AUGCUGAUUCACGUGGGGUUUCAGGACGACAGCAGCAGCUCUCCUGCUGCUGCAGCAACCAGCAGCAGCAGCAGCAACAGCAGCAGCAGCAGCAGCAACGGCGGCAGCACCCGCGGAGGCCCCAGCGGCUUGAAAGGAAAAAUCAUUCUUCUCACCAAGGGAGCAGACACUGUUAUUUUGCCCCUGUUGAAACAAGUGGGCCCUGUGGAGGAGCGGAUGGUGUCUGCAAUGGAGUCUUACGCGCGCGAGGGUUUGAGGACUUUGUGCAUCGCUUAUAAAGAAAUAAAAGAGAAAAAGUUUAUACGCUGGUUAAGGGUUUACGAAGAAGCCCAAACCGCCACUGUAGACCGCCAGGAAAAAAUCGAAAAAGCCGCGGAAAUGCUAGAAAAUGACCUGGAGCUUCAGGGCAUUACUGGCCUUGAAGAUAAACUGCAGGAGGGCGUGGGGGAGACCAUUGAAAAGCUGCGGCACGCAGGGAUCAAGGUUUGGAUGCUAACUGGAGACAAAGUGGAAACAGCUUUAAACAUUGCUGUGGCAACUUCGCUGCUGCCACAAGGAAUGCGGCGGCUGUCGUAUUUGAUGGAGGAUUUCCGCAGCAGCAGCAGCAGCAGCAGCAGCAGCAGCAAAGAGCUGCUGCUGCAGCAGCUGCAGCAGGAUCUGCGCUCCAUAGCAGCAGAGAAGCGCCGCUCCAGGCCGACCUUUGCAGCAGCAUCAGCAGCAACGGGACCCGCAGCAGCAGCAUCCGGAACCCCAGCAGCAGCAGCAGCAGCAGCAGCAGCAGCAACAGAAGCAGAAGCAGCAGCAGCAGCAGGAGGAAAAGAAGAAGAGAGGGCUCUUGUUAUUGAUGGAGAAGCACUUGUCCAUCUUUUAGAAGAUGAUGUUGCCAUUCAGUUUGCUGCUGUUUGCACAGCUUGCAAAACUGUUAUCUGCAGCAGAGUCACUCCCUACCAAAAGGGCGCAGUGGUGGCUCUUUUAAAGAAACUCACUGGGGAGGUUACCCUCGCCAUCGGCGAUGGCGCAAAUGACUGCAGUAUGAUCCAGGCCGCGGACGUGGGUGUGGGCCUUCGCGGCGAGGAGGGCAUGCAGGCCUUCAACGCUUCGGACUACGGGUUGAGUCAGUUUCGGUACUUGCAGCCGCUGCUGCUGGCGCACGGGCGUUGGAACUACCGGAGGGUUUGUCGAUUAGUGCUUUACAUGUUUUACAAAAACUUAGUUUUAGUUUUGCCAAUGUUUUUCUACGGAGCCUUUUCUCUCUUCUCUUCCCAGAAGUUCUACUUCGAACUUCUCUACCAAAUGUACAACGUCGUCUUCACUGCGGGUUUGCGGGCGGGGUGGGUGCGGUUUGGGCUCACGUGGGGAGUGCAGGCCAUUAUCUUCGCUUUGCCCCUCGCGGCCUUCGGCUACUACAGCGUGCCCACGCUCCAGGGGCAGGUGAGGGUUUAG